GCGAUGCCUCAAAUUUAAAAGUACAUCAGCGCUCUCAUUUAAGGGAGAAACCCUAUCAGUGCCAAAAAUGUGGGGAUAUGUUCAGCCAGAAAGAAAACCUCAAGGUACAUGAACGAAUUCACACAGGGGAACAACUCUACACAUGUAAAAUUUGUGGGAAAAUGUUUAGGUAUCCCAGGCAUUUUACAGUACAUCAGCGCUCUCAUUCAGGGGAGAAACCCUAUCAGUGCAAAGAAUGUGGGAAAAAGUUCAGCCAGAAAGGAAAUCUUAUAGUACAUCAACGAAUUCACUCAGGAGAAAAACCCUAUACAUGCAAAGAAUGGGGAAAAGGUUUCAGCGAUGCCUCAAAUUUAAAAGUACAUCAGCGCUCUCAUUUAAGGGAGAAACCCUAUCAGUGCCAAAAAUGUGGGGAUAUGUUCAGCCAGAAAGAAAACCUCAAGGUACAUGAACAAAUUCACACAGGGGAACAACUCUACACAUGUAAAAUUUGUGGGAAAAUGUUUAGGUAUCCCAGGCAUUUUACAGUACAUCAGCGCUCUCAUUCAGGGGAGAAACCCUACCAGUGUGAUGAAUGUGGGAAAAAGUUCAGCUUGAAAGCAAACCUUACAGUACAUCAGCGAACUCACACUGGAGAAAAACCCUAUAAGUGUGAUGAAUGUGGGAAGAAGUUCAGCCAGAAAGGAAAUCUUAUAGUACAUCAACGAAUUCACUCGGGAGAAAAACCCUAUACAUGCAAAGAAUGUGGAAAAUGUUUCAGCGAUGCCUCAAAUUUAAAAGUACAUCAGCGCUCUCAUUUAAGGGAGAAACCCUAUCAGUGCCAAAAAUGUGGGGAUAUGUUCAGCCAGAAAGAAAACCUCAAGGUACAUGAACGAAUUCACACAGGGGAACAACUCUACACAUGUAAAAUUUGUGGGAAAAUGUUUAGGUAUCCCAGGCAUUUUACAGUACAUCAGCGCUCUCAUUCAGGGGAGAAACCCUAUCAGUGCAAAGAAUGUGGGAAAAAGUUCAGCCAGAAAGGAAAUCUUAUAGUACAUCAACGAAUUCACUCAAGAGCAAAACCCUAUACCUGCAAAGAAUGUGGAAAACAGUUCAGAUAUCUUGCUGAUUUUACAAUACAUCAGCGCUCACAUUCAGCAGCGAAGCCCUAUCGCGGUGAAGACUGUGGGAAAAGCUUCACAGCUACGUCAGCCUCUACAGAUCAUCAAAAAGUUCACGUUGGGGAGAAGAAACCAUAUAAAUGUGAAGAGUGUGGGGAGAGCUUCUGCCAGAGCAAGGACCUUGGACAGCACAAACAAAUUCAUUCCAGUGAAAAUUCCUAUCCAUGCCGAGAUUGUGGAGAAAACUUCCGUUGCAGAGCCCAGCGCAUCAGACACCGGCAGAUGCACAGAGAGGGGAAACUUUGAAAAGUGCACAAAAUGUCUUUCUCCAACGCCAUCCCCAUUAUCCAUUUUGCAACAAUAAGUCUUGUGUGAUAUGCUGUAAAUGAACUUUUUAAUAUGGUGAAGGAGGAUGUGUUGUGUGCAAAUCCCCGCCUUGUGUUCUGGGGGUGGGAUUUUUUAAAAAAUUGUUUUAAUCGUAUGUUUUACUGGAAUGGUUUUAACACGAUCCGAACUUUAUCGUUUUACGAAAAUUGCCUUUAUAAUCAAAAUAAAUGUUCAGAUUGGAAUGAGG